CUGUAGGCAGGGCCACCUCACUUUCCUUUGUACCGUCUGCAUAGAAAGAUGCUUUUCAGUUGUAUGGACUAAGGCACCAGGCCAACUGUUUAGUUGGGUAUCAAGCACCACAGCACAAAAAGGCAAGUGACGCAAGAGUGUAUACCUCGAGGGGACUUGAUGAAAGCUUUAAAGAAACCAAUGGAGAUCCAUAAAAUGCCUACAGGAUCAGCUGAUUCAAUGUAACUGUCUCCACUUUGAAACCAGAAGGAUACACAAGCACAUAGCAUCUCUCAAGCCCUGAGCUUCAUGUUCUAAUUUUGUGUUGAAAGCUCAAAUUUAGACACUUGAAACUUGGUACCUGGAAAUGGAUUCUGUACAAGGUAUGUCUUCUGAGGGCAUCAGUUUUCCUAAGGAAGAACAGUAUGUACCUACAAACUGGCCUCAUGUCUCUGAGAAGAACAAGACGUUCAGUAUGGAUUCUGUUUGGAAUCCCAGGAAUUACUGUGAACAAGGUUUUGGGCUGGAUAAAGGGACAAGCUCGGGACAAAAUCAAGACGAGGAGAUCCAUUCAUUGACAUAUUCAAAGUACAAGAUAGGGGGCUCUGUUGAUAGUAUAUUUUCACAGACUUCUCUUCAACAACCAGAAUGGUCAAUAUUAAAAUCUUCCAGAUCUCAAGAUGUGCUAAUUCAAGCUUCACCUUCUAGAUUUUAUCAGGAGUCUAUGGCAAGACAGCCUGGCCAAGAAGCAAAUCCCGAUGUUGUCGAUGAUGUAGUGGGAGAUGAAGUUAUUUCUCCAUUACACUGGCAACAAUUAAACAAACAAAAGACAAUGGAUUUUAGCCUCAGCCAGUCAAAACAGGCAGACUCGUGUUUAAGCACAACCCAAAUUAGUUCAGCUGGAACCAUAUUGACAAAAUCCUUAUCAGAACACUUCACUGGAGAUGAGAAUACCGAGACCACUGAAAGUUAUCCACAAUCACCAACAGAGGAUAUAACAGAAAAAAAUAACCUGAAAAAAGUGCAAACAGAUUCAUAUUGUUCUCAUACAUUUUCUGAUAUGAAUCAAACAGAAAUUUAUGGUACGGAGCAAGACUUUGAUAGUGUCACGCAAACACAACAUUCUUAUUCUUCCACUUCUGAAGAAACAGAGUUGAGCUCUUUACAGGGUGCAGAUUCCAAUGGAUCGCAGAAUAUCUCUAUGUCACUGCUAAAAUCAAUACUCAUGAAAAGGGAGGAGAAAAUAAAUGACCUUAGCAAAGAACUCAGGAGAAUACAAGCUGAAAACCUGCACUUGAAAGAAGAAAAACACCAUAUUGUCUCUGAAAGCAUAACACUAAAAAAAGAACUGGAGGCACUUGCAUUUGAUAAGAAGAGAAAAAAACAGGACUUUCUUAAUCCAUUUGACCCCAGUUCUUCAGCGUCUCUUCAGCAACAAAUAGUGAAUCUUAAAAACCAAAUCAGCGACCUGCAGGAAGCUAAUGAAAAUGCCGUCUUUGAACUAGCAAAAGCGGAUGAGGAAAUUUCCCAGGGAAAAAAAGACCUUGCUAUGCUUAAGGCAGAGUAUAACCAGAACUUACAAGAUUCACAAGAAGAAAUAAAACUGCUGAAGAAAAAGAUUAGCUCAUUGUCAGCCAUGUUUACCCAAGAAGAGAAAUAUGAGCCAGGCCUGCACAAGGAAAUCUCCUAUCUAAGAAGUGAAUGUAAAAGACUAAGAAUCCAUAAUCACCAACUCAGUGAAGAAAACUAUAGUCUGAGGGAAGAGUUGUGGGACAUUAAGAGACAACAUGAAUGUUCUGAGACAAGGACAAUGCACACAGCAAGUUAUAGAAGUGCUUGUCUAGAUAUAGAGGCAGGUAGACACUGGAUGGAUUCUUCAAAGAACAAACUUUCCAAAAAAAGUUGGCAGCCAAUGAAUGGCAGUUUUUACAGGAAUGAUUUUAAACAGGAUGGAACCUUUUCAAGAUGCAAAGCAACCUUAGGUUCCAUGAACAUAAAGGAACCCUGGGAAAAAAACCUUGAGGAACGUGCUAAAAGGAAUUCUUCUCCGGUUUCACUGCACAGUAAUAACACUGAUAUCCUAAUGAUGGGCUAUCAGGAAGGGACACCUAUCCUUCUUUCUGAAACAGACAUCUAUGGCAGCAAAUAUGAGGAAAUCCAAGAACUGAGUGAUGAUGACUUCAGUUCUGUUACUCAAAACACGGCUAAUGUCCAUUGUGUCUCUCCGCAUCAGAACUAUUCUCCUGAGCCUUUCUGUAAAACUGAAAGCAGUACGAGACCUUCAGCAUUAGUAUUACCUCGACGCCCCUUUGCUCCAAAAAGUAUCGCUGACUUGAAAGUAGGAGACCUUGUGAAGUUCUCCCGUCCAGCAGGAAAAAUAAGUAAAGGUACCAUCCAAUACAAAGGCUGCCUUCCCGGCAGAGUAGAGGUUUACCUUGGAGUUGAACUGGAAGGCAGUGAGGUUGGAAAGCAUGAUGGAAUUUUUCAAGGAACCCGCUACUUUCUCUGUAAACCAAACAAAGGCGUGUUUGUCAACUUCAGUAAAAUUAUAAUGGCAUGGGAUUGAAAUGAUGAAACAACAAGAUCAUUUGGAGAAGACUCUGUUAGAAGUGGCCAAUAUCUGGGAACACUAUGUCAAUAUGAAGAUGUCUGUUUCAAUGUAGCUGUUACCAAUAAUUAAUCAGAUAAUUAUGGGUUUAUUCAAAUAAACAUUCGCUUUUUAGGUUUUCUAAUAA